GCGGUUUUUUUUUCAAAUCCACUUCAGUGUCGUUUCGCACAGGUCUUGUUCUAAUUCACAGCAGUCAUGCAAAGCGCGUGUUGGCGUCCGCUUUGAAUGGAAACUCACUUCUUCAUCAUCAGACCAAUCGAUUCCUUAAUACGUAUUCCUUAGUCGUACCCGUUCCUUAGUCGCACCGUUUGUUCACAAAUCCAGCCGGUCAGAUGGAUCAGACUCUCCCGGACACUUGCAACCAGAAACCCGGCCAGACCAACGCCGACACCAGCAAUGGCUUGCCAAGGAGCAAGGGCAGACCGUCGAUAACGUCUUUGGCUUCUUCGCUGGUCGUCAACGACCAAUUGAAAAUCUCAAAUCUGGAAGCGGCAGUGCACAUAGUCAAGUCGACCAUUGGCGGUGGUUUCCUGUCGAUGCCAGACGCCUUUAAGCAUGCCGGCUUACUGGUGGGUUCUUUGGGCACAUUCGUCAUGGGCCUGGCCGUUUACAAUACACUGUCGAUAAUAGUAAAAUGCUCUCAAGCGAUACCGACGACCCGCGAACCCGGCGAUCCUUCGGGAAUACCCCGAAAAUUGGAUUUCCCAGAAACCGUGGAGUACGUGUUCUUGCACGGCGCCCGCGGUAAAUUCGCCAAGUGGGCGUCGCUCUCCAGACGAUUCACCGGCACCACACUGUUUGUCACGUACUACGGAGUGAACGUCAUCUACGUUUGCAUAAUAGCGACCACCGCCAAACAGUUCGUCGACAACUAUUUCCCGUACGGAAUACUGCGCGAUCAUUCCAUCCGUUGGUAUCCUUCGCUGGUGGCGCUGGUCGUCAUACCCUUGGGCAUGGUCCGGCUGAUGAAAUACCUGGUGCCGUUUUCGGCCAUAGCCAACAUGUUCAUGGGCAUCGGCAGCGGCAUGGUGUUCUACUACUUGGCGAUUGGCGACCAAACGUCAUCCGACACCAGAGAUGUCUCAUCAGAGAUUGGCAACGUCACGUCUGCCUCGAGUUCGGCAGCCGACCAGGUGCAAUGGAUCGCAGCUCCUCUGUCCCAAUGGCCUUUGUUUAUGGGCACGUGUUUAUGUUCCAUGGAAGGCGUUGGAAUGCUUCUCCACAUUGAAAGCGCCAUGAAAAACCCCAGAGCGUUGCUGGAGAAACCCUGGUACACUCUACUCAAGUCGAUGGCCAUCAUAGUACUGCUGAACAGUUCGAUGGGAUUUUUCGGUUACUUGCGAUACGGUAACCAGGUGGCCGGAUCCAUUUCGCUAAGUCUGCCCCAAGACAGCUGGCUCUCGCAGUCUGUUAAGCUGGCAAUAGCUUUGGGCAUAUUGUUCACCUACGGUCUACAGUUGACAGUCACGGCGGAAUUACUUUGGAGGAGUAUCCAGAAGUCGUACUUUGGGGUAGAUCUGUACACCGGAGACGAACAACACAAGAGUGAGGGGAAGAAAUCUUCAGAUGGCGCCGAAACGGUGGUUUACUAUACAAUGCGACUCUUCCUAAUACUCAGCACCAUCUUGAUGGCGACCGUUAUACCGGACAUAGGUCCGUUGGUUUCGCUGGUGGGGUCCAUUGGCUUCUCGGUGCUCGGUCUGACCGUGCCCGUUUGCAUGGAGACCGUAUGGCUGUACUACGAGGGCGAAGACCAAGGACCCGAGUCGUCCAGUGUCCGGAGAGUACUUAGGCACGGGAAAAACGUAUUCCUCUUCGCCCUGUCCGUCAUAGCUGCCGUGACAGGAGCUUACUUCAGCAUCAGAGACAUCGUUGACAAUUACCACGCGUCAAGUUCCGGCACAGCAUAAAAAAACCCACAACUAUUAAUCGUAAUAUAACAUUAAAAUGUCGACACUUGCUAAACACCAAAGUGCAGUCGACGCCCUUUGGUUUCCGCCAAAACGACCCCCAAGUCGUCUUGAAUGUCAAGUUCAUGGUACAAAAUGAAUUCCUCGGUUUUUUCACAUAUUUGUUUUUUAAAUAUAUUUUUUUUUUAUCUCAGCAAUGUACACACAACCUUGUACGUUUAAACUCUAUCGAAAAUGGUUUAUUGAAACUCAAUGCGUUCGUUUCAACACUGCCAAUAAGCCAAUUUAAAAAUGUAUGCAAAUGUUUUAACGAAGAAGAGAUAAAUAUGUUUGUUUUUUUUUUUUUAGAAUUAAUUAGUUUCUACAACUUGUUAUAAUAAAAUACUAAUAAACGUUUAUAUUUUAUUUUAUUGUUAUAUAAUUAUUUGUUGUCGUCGGACUUGGUAUUUUUUUCAUAUUAAUUGUAAUUAAAAAACUACACUGUAAUAUAAAAAAUACCUAAUUGACUUUGGAAAACAAGUCGAGUGGACAAUUAUUUUGUUACCAAAUCGUUUUGUACGGUGUAAAAAAAAACCUAGUGAAUUAAGUACUUAAUUUUU